AUGAGGUCCGUAUCGGCCCACCCGGUACUGUUGACGACUCAACCAACGAGAGUGGUGUCGACGGAGACGGAGAUCGAGGACGACCUGGUAUACGCGAUUGGGACGGUUACUAACCAUCAAGACAUAGGCUUCACCCCCUUUUUCGACGAGAACAUCAAAAAGCUCAAAGCACCGCUCCCCCUCACCAUUUUCGACAGGGAGUGGCAAAAGGAAGCCCUGGCGGCACACUUGACGACCCGACUGUCCAAAUCCUCCAAAGACAAGGCAUACAGAGGCUUACCUUUCUACAACGAGUGGACGCAAACACACUCCAAGUGGACCAAUAAUCAUCGUAUCUUCCACUUAACCCUACGCGACGUGUAUCACAAGACGUGUUUCGCUGAGAAGCUCCUCAUCCAUAAGAGAAAUUGUGAUGAAAUAUUGGACGAGUUCGGUUUCAUGACGGCUUUCCGCUACGACAUGCAAGUCCAAGCCAAUGCAUUCGCUCAUCGCGUGCAGUCAAAAGACGGGGCAGCGGUUCCAGACAUUUCCGUAAAGCAAAACCUAGUAGCCGAACGUUGCUACAACGAGGUACGCUCAGCAGGUGAAACCAAAUGGACGGAUAAUUACUAUGCUCCAGGCGGAUCACACGACGGAAUCGACCCCGACACCGGCAGAGAACGCCCUCCUUUAAGAUUGGUCUCUCACAACGGAUACGGAGGAAGAGACAGAGGGCAGCAAGGACGCGCGGAGGAUCGCCAUUCAAGACCUUUCGACAACAACCGACAUCUCCAUGCUCCACACCAUGACCCCUAUUUCAGAAACAAUCACCAAGGGUCCCUCGACACCCACGGUCAUCAAAGCGGUCAAGGAUACAGCCGAAGCAAACACAGAUACUCUUCAGGCUUGCCGUCGGGGCCGUCGGAAUCCAGGAAAAGAUUGAGAGGCUAUCAGGGUUCGAAUUUUAACGAGGGUUACGUCAACAAGAGAAACGCGGCAGGCAAACAGGUCAAACCUAAAGCUGGCGGCAGUCAAAGCCAAGGGAAAUUGUAG